CUCGAAACUGCAACAAUCUUCAAGUCCUUCAGCGACCAAUCCUUCAAGAAAUCAACAAUCAUGAAGUGCAUCGCAGCUGUAGUCAUGAUGGCCCUGGCCGUUGUUGCUGAAGGAAGCGUCGUGUCCUACUCGGUCCCACUGGCUUAUUCUGCUCCUCACACCACCGUUGUCCAGCAGAAUGGGGCUCCUCGAUACGUCGCAUCGGUUCCGGUGACCACCUAUGCCGCUGCCCCGGUUGCCUACUCCGCUCCACACACCACCGUCUUCCAAUCCAGCGUUGUCCCACGUUAUGCCGCCCCAGUUACCUACACCGCUCCACACACCACCCUCAUCCAGUCAAAUGUUGUCCCACGUUACGCCGCCCCAGAGGCCUAUGCUGCUUCCCCGGUCCUGGCAUACAACUCGUUCGAUUCGGAUGUCGUUGAAGCCACCCAUGUGGUCGCCCCAGCUGCCACCAUCGUUGCUCAGCCAACCGUGGCCGUCGUUGCCCAGAAGGAAGCUCGCUAUGUGGCCGCCAACCGUGGAGCCGUCCAUGAUGCCCCACUCGCCGGACACACCGUUUCGCAGCAGUCGCUGAACCUGGAACCAGCUGUGGGAACCGUUUGAAGCGAUUGCAAUUGAUGUACCUGAACCC